UCUCUCUCGCACACAUGAAUUGGCCUCUGCUUUUCUUUCUUUCUCUGUUGUUGUUUUUUAGAGGAUUCUGCCCUUUUAGUUUCACUUGUUCUAUUUUUUUUCUUGAAAGAAAAAAAAACAAACAUUAACCGUAACAAACAGAGUUUGAUUGCUAAAAGAGCGCGUGUCUGAUUCGAAAAUGAAUUGUUAGUUGCAAAAGAAGGGAGUAGUAGAGUGAAGUGAUGGGUCGUCCUCCCAGUAAUGGCGGUCCUUCCUUUCGCUUCAUGCAAUAUGAGGUCACGGAGAUGGACGCUAUUUUGCAAGAACACCAUAACAUGAUGCCAGCUCGUGAGGUUCUUGUAUCUCUUGCAGAGAAGUUCAGUGAGUCUCCAGAGCGAAAAGGGAAGAUUCAAGUGCAAAUGAAACAAGUUUGGAAUUGGUUCCAAAAUAGACGGUAUGCAAUAAGGGCAAAAUCAAAUAAGGCCCCGAUGAAGUUAAAUAUAACACCUAUGCCUCGCGAUGAUUCAGCUGCUGCAAGGAGUGUGCCUCAACAAGUAGCUGCUCCUAUACCUGAUGCUGUGCCAGUCACUACAUCUGCUUCUUCAGCUGCUGGUGCCAGAAGGGUGACUUCAGAAAACUCUUAUAUGGAAUUUGAAGCCAAAUCUGGUAGAGAUGGUGCAUGGUAUGAUGUAGGAACCUUCCAAUCCCAUAGAUACUUGGACAAGGGGAAUCCGGAAGUGUUGGUUCGGUUUGCUGGUUUUGGACCUGAUGAAGAUGAGUGGCUUGAUGUUUGCAAGCAUGUCAGGCAGCGUUCUCUCCCUUGCGAAGCAUCGGAAUGUGUUGCAGUUCUUCCUGGAGACCUCAUACUCUGUUUUCAGGAAGGCAAAGAUCAGGCUCUGUAUUUUGAUGCUCAUGUUCUUGAUGCACAAAGACGAAGACAUGAUGUAAGAGGUUGCCGUUGUAGGUUUUUGGUGCGUUAUGAUCAUGACCAGUCUGAGGAAAUUGUGCCACUAAGGAAGAUUUGUCGGAGGCCUGAAACUGAUUAUAGGCUGCUCCAACUUCAUGCUGCAAAUGACUCAGCAGCUACUGACCAGCAGAAAACUAGUGUAGAUCCCUCCAUAGCAAGUACCCUGAGGGUUGCUGCUUCUGCCACAGAAACAAUGCUGCAGCAGCAACAUAACACGGGUGUAGCAGCUCCGGUUUCCCAAGCCAAUGUUUCUCAACCUGCCAAAACAAUAAUUGCUGAGCCAAAAGAGGCUGCAACCCUCAGUGCUCUCGAUUCUGGAAAUCCUAGUUUCAUCUCCACUGCUGUGUUGGCGAGUGGAAUGGCUACGAGUAGCGGCCCUGGUGGCUCUGGAGAGAACAUGCAGGGAAUUAAAUUGUAGUUUGAUGUACCUUGAUAGCUGCUCUGUUUCAUGAUGAGCAGCUACCUUUCCCCACAAUUGUAGAGGGGACAGGAUCCACUAGUAAUGAUACAGUAAAGUUUAUUCCGGUCCAUGUACAAGAAUCGCAACCAAAUAUUAGGAAUCUGAGACUAAUUUUAUGAACUUCUUGGGCCUUUAUUAA